GUUCUUACCCGUUCUGUCGGCCGAAGUUGCUGACGAACUAUUCAUGUGCACCUUUCAUCUAAAGGCAGGCGACCUGCAUCACACCAUCUCUGCCCUAUCUUCCAUCAUCCACCAAGGUACCCCAAGCAGUUAACGCCUUGGCCUUACUCUGAGCUUCCCUCACGUGGCCAAGCUAAGUGAUAUAUUGGUCAACAGCCCCACUUCAAUGCUCGAAACGGCGCAGACUGUCUUCCCAAGCUACCACUCCGCUUCCUAUCUCAGCGCGACGAUUGCAAGCGGCCAGCCGCUAUGUGGUAACAGGGAGGGAUGGGGCCCUUUGAGCCCUUAUAGAUGGGACUUCACACCAUGCUUUCUGGACGUUUGGGUGUUGGUGGUGUCGGUAUGGGGUCUGUUGGGUGGCGCGGGUGCGAUAUGGUACCUCUACCGUAAGAGCACGGCACAGGCAGUCAAGAAGGACUGGCACUUUUAUACAAAGCUUGCAGUAAUUGCAGUGCUGGGUGCUGCAAUAGUCGCUCAAGCCGCGCUUCAGAUCAUGGAGUAUGAUCACGGGAUUUGGUUGCGUGACUUCCGUUUCUGGACGACCGUCGUCAACCUUUUGAGCCUUGGAGUGAUCGGCUACAUCCAGUACAUCGAGCACUGGCGUUCGCGGGUACCGAAUGCGGUCGUACUCUUAUACUGGUUGUUCCUUCUCAUUGCAUAUGCGGUUAAGCUACGAUCGCUAGUGUCCCAGAGACUUCACGAGCUCAAUGUAGCAUACUUCGCCGUGUUCACCUCGAGCGUCGGCCUAGCUGCUGCGGAAUUUAUACUGGAAUGGCUGGUGCCGAAGAGCCAGUCCGUUUAUGAUGCGCUCGGAGAUCAAGAUGAGUGUCCUAUGGAUUACGCCGACAUCUUCUCUUGUCUUGCGUUUAGCUGGAUGACGCCGAUGAUGCGAUACGGAUAUAAGGAGUUCCUGACGCAAGAUGAUCUAUGGAACCUUCGCAAAGAUGACAGGUCGAGUACUACAUGGGAGACCUUCAAUGCGGCGUGGCAGUAUGAGUUGGAGAAGAAGAAGCCCAGUUUGUGGAUUGCGCUCUUCCGCUCCUUUGGCAGUCCGUACUUUGUUGGUGCUGUGAUCAAGACCGGAGCAGACGUGCUGGCAUUCGUCCAACCUCAGCUGCUUCGAUACCUCAUUGCGUUUGUGGACUCGUACCGUCCAGGGAAGACACCGCAGCCACCGAUCAAAGGUGCGGCUAUUGCCCUUGCUAUGUUCGCGGUUUCAGUCGGGCAGACGGCCUUCUUGCACCAGUACUUCCAGCGAGCUUUCGAAACUGGCAUGCGGAUCAAGGCCGCUCUCACGGCUGCGAUCUACCACAAGAGCAUGAAGCUCAGUAAUGAGGGCCGUGCUUCGAAGAGCACCGGCGACAUCGUGAACUACAUGGCUGUGGACACGCAGCGUCUACAAGAUUUAGCGCAGUAUGGACAGCAACUGUGGAGCGCUCCUUUCCAGAUUACGUUAUGCUUGAUCUCGCUCUAUCAACUGGUCGGUCUCAGCAUGUUUGCGGGUCUUGGGGCCAUGAUCCUCAUGAUCCCAAUCAACGGCUUUAUUGCGCGCAUCUCGAAGACCUUGCAGAAGCGGCAGAUGAAGAACAAGGACGCGAGAACGCGGUUGAUGACGGAGAUUCUGAACAAUAUGAAGUCAAUCAAGUUGUAUGCAUGGACGACGGCGUUCAUGAACAAGCUGAACUAUAUUCGAAACGAUCAGGAACUGCACACUCUGCGGAAGAUCGGCGCGGUGACUGCAGUAGCGAACUUCACCUGGUCCACCACGCCAUUCUUCGUUUCAUGCUCGACCUUUGCGGUCUUCGUGGCCACUCAGAACCAACCCUUGAGCACGGAGAUCGUGUUUCCGGCUCUUACGUUGUUUAACCUGCUUACCUUCCCUCUUGCGGUGCUUCCCAUGGUCAUCACGGCCAUUAUAGAGGCCAGUGUGGCCGUCAACCGGCUCACGGUCUAUUUCACAGCACCGGAACUGCAGCCCGAUGCCGUACUUCGAAGCGAUGGCGUGGGUAUGGGCGAAGAGUCCGUGCGAAUCCGCGAAGCCACGUUCACAUGGAACAAGGACGCAGAUCGAAACGUGCUGUCCGACAUCAACUUCACCGCGCACAAGGGCGAGCUUUCUUGUGUGGUAGGUCGAGUCGGUGCUGGAAAGUCUAGCUUACUCGAGACGAUGCUAGGCGAUUUGUACAAGAUCAAGGGCGAAGUGGUUGUGCGUGGCACGUCCGCCUACGUUGCUCAGUCACCGUGGGUGAUGAACGCUUCGGUUCGGGAGAAUAUCGUGUUUGGGUAUCGCUGGGAUCCGGCAUUCUAUGACCGGACGGUGAAGGCAUGCGCACUGACGGAGGACUUCGCGAGUCUGCCGGACGGCGACCAGACAGAGGUUGGUGAGCGCGGUAUUAGCUUGUCAGGCGGCCAGAAGGCUCGUGUUACGCUUGCGCGUGCUGUUUACGCAAGAGCUGACAUCUAUCUUCUCGACGAUGUCCUGAGUGCUGUGGAUCAGCAUGUCGGUCGGCAUUUGAUUGAUAAUGUUCUUGGGCCGAGGGGACUGCUCGCGGGCAAGACCCGCAUUCUUGCCACCAAUGCUAUACCGGUGCUGAUGGAGGCGCACUAUAUCGUGCUACUGCGAGACGGCCGCAUCAUCGAGCGUGGCACCUACGAACAGUUGAUCGCAAUGAAAGGCGAGAUCUCGCAGCUGAUUCGUACAGCCAACAAUGAAGAGAACAGUGAGGCUGAAGGCGAAGAGACAGGCAGUAAGAGCCCUUACAGCGAGCCCGAUACCGCAUACAGCCCGGAGGACCCUGUGGAGAGAGAAGAGGCACAAGAGGGUCUUACUGAGCUUGCGCCCAUCAAGCCCAAUGGCGGCGCACCUGCGAGAAAGUCCAGCGAGCUCACUUUAAGAAGAGCCAGUACAGCUUCAUUCAAAGGCCCAAGGGGCAAGCUGACCGAUGAAGAGGAGGCUAAGGGCCCUCUCAAAUCGAAGCAGACCCGUGAGUUUUCGGAGAAAGGGCAAGUAAAGCGGGAUGUGUACUUCGAGUAUGCGAAGGAGAGCAACUUAGCCGCUGUUUCCGUCUACCUGGUGAUGCUAGUCGGUGCUCAGACGGCUCAAAUAGGGGGCAGCGUCUGGCUCAAGAAUUGGUCCGAAGUCAACAGCAGGUACGGCGGGAACCCGAACGUUGGGAAGUACCUGGGCAUUUAUUUUGCCUUCGGCAUCGGUUCUGCGGCGCUGGUUGUGCUGCAAACGCUCAUACUGUGGAUCUUCUGCUCGAUCGAGGCCAGCAGAAAGUUGCAUGAGCGUAUGGGUGAGUUAGAUGCGUUGUUCAUGAGAAGCAGAUGCAUGCAUUUACUAAAUCUCGCAGCGUAUGCCAUCUUUCGAUCACCAAUGAUGUUCUUCGAGACGACCCCCACAGGCCGCAUAUUGAAUCGCUUCUCAAGUGACAUCUAUCGAAUUGAUGAGGUGCUCGCACGUACUUUCAACAUGCUCUUUACGAAUGCCGCACGAGCAAUGUUUACUCUCGUGGUGAUCUCUACGUCAACGCCCAUCUUCAUUGCGCUCAUCGUGCCGCUCGGAGGUCUCUAUCUGUGGAUUCAGAAGUACUAUCUCCGCACAUCCAGGGAGCUAAAGCGCCUUGACAGCGUCAGCCGCAGCCCAAUCUACGCCCACUUUCAGGAGAGCCUGAGUGGGAUCAGCACGAUACGAGCCUACAGGCAGACCGAGCGUUUCUCGAUGGAGAACGAAUGGCGGGUCGACGCUAACCUGCGCGCGUACUUCCCGUCUAUUAGUGCGAACCGAUGGCUUGCUGUCCGCCUGGAGUUAAUCGGAUCGGUCAUUAUCCUUGCUGCGGCUGGAUUUGCCAUCGCAUCCGUCACAACCGGCAGUGGAUUGUCAGCCGGCCUGGUUGGUUUAGCCAUGAGCUAUGCGCUACAGAUCACCCAGUCCUUGAACUGGAUCGUGAGGCAAACGGUGGAGGUAGAGACAAACAUAGUCUCUGUCGAGCGAGUUCUAGAGUACGCGCAUUUGCCACCGGAGGCGCCCGAGAUCAUCUCCAAGAAUCGACCGCCAAACAGUUGGCCAUCGAAAGGUGCUGUGUCUUUUAACGGCUACAGCACCAGGUACAGGCCGGGACUUGACCUGGUGCUGAAGAACGUCAAUCUCAACAUCAAGUCCCAUGAGAAGAUUGGUGUGGUUGGACGUACUGGCGCCGGUAAGAGCUCACUAACGCUGGCACUGUUCCGCAUCAUCGAGCCUGCGCAGGGGGACAUCACCAUUGACGACCUGAGCACAACUUCUAUUGGCUUGUUGGACCUGCGGCGGCGGCUGGCUAUCAUCCCGCAAGAUGCCGCACUGUUUCAGGGUACAGUGAGAGACAAUCUGGACCCCGGUCACAUUCACGACGACACCGAGUUGUGGAGUGUCCUCGACCACGCGCGUCUGCGGGACCACGUUGCGUCUAUGCCGGGCCAACUGGAGGCAGAGAUCCACGAAGGCGGCUCUAAUUUGAGCCAGGGGCAACGACAGCUUGUGUCGCUAGCCCGGGCGUUGCUGACACCGAGCAACAUUCUUGUCCUAGACGAGGCGACCGCUGCUGUUGAUGUGGAGACUGACGCCAUGCUGCAAACUACACUGCGAAGCAAUAUGUUCAAAGAUCGGACGAUCAUCACGAUCGCACAUCGCAUCAACACGAUUCUGGACAGCGACCGCAUAGUCGUCCUUGAUCAUGGUGAAGUCAAGGAGUUCGACACGCCUUCGGAGCUAGUCCGUCGUAAAGGCUUGUUCUACGAGCUGGUCAAGGAAGCCGGCCUCUUAGGUGCUGUAGACAGCUCUGCAUCAACAUAGAGAAUGUACAGCUUAUCGCAUGCAUCUACGUGAAGCGCACAUGCGAGAGGCGGCCCUAAAGUCGGACUUGACCGUUGGAGUCUCCACCGCUGGCGUCUUACUUUUAUGUACAUUGACAGGUUGAACACCUCGUGGAAGCGACGUGGACAGCACA